UAUGAAAUGAAGAAUGAAGAGGAAAUGACCAGUCACCCACAGGGGCCACAACCCACAGAAUGGACAAAAUUGAAGUGUCCAAUAGCCUACUAUGACCCGUCUAAGUAUGAAUCUGGAUCUAUCUAAUUCGAUGUUUGAGACCCAGAUCUCAAUUUUCAAAAAUUAAACAAUUUUUUUUUUUGAAUUACUACUGUACUGUUAUGGGUCUUGGAGAUCUGAAUGUGGGUGUGACUGCGAAAUGGUAGCCUUGAUUUUCCUUUCGGAUGGUGGGUGACGCCUCGUUCUCUCUUGCCUUUGCUCUCACACUACCUCUCUAUUUCUCUCCUUCCUCUGCAAUCACACUUUAUCUUCUUCUUAGAAGCCUUGCUUCGUACUCUUUCUCUUUCUGUGUCUUAAACAUUUGGGUUAAUCUCAUCAGUCUCUCUCUUUAAUCUGCAAGCGUUCUUACUUUCUCUCGACUCUGCAACCCCAGUUUCUCUCUCACUCUCUCCGCAUUUGGGUUUGCGUCUCCUUCUCUAAUUUGCAAUCUCUCUGUCUACAUUUGGGUUAAUCUGCAUCUCUCCCCCUAAGCAUUUGUGUUACUCGCACAUUCUCUCCCACUCUUAGUAUAUAUCGCCCCAACAAUGGCUUCAGGAGGAACCAAAUCGUCAAAACCUGCAAAACCCCCAAACCCAUCUUCAACUUCUCAGUCUUCGGUCAGAUCAACAUCCUCUUCUGUCUCCACUCACCUCGCGAUGGUGGAGCUCAAGCAGCGCAUUCUGACCUCCCUCUCCAAGCUCUCCGACCGCGACACCCACCAAAUCGCCGUUGACGACCUCCACAAUCUCAUCCAGAAUCUCUCUACUGACUCCGGCGUCUCCAUCCUCCUCAAUUGCCUCUAUGAGGCCUCCUCCGAUCCCAAACCCUUAGUCAAGAAGGAGUCUCUCCGGCUUCUCGCUCUCCUCUGCACCUCCCACCCCGAUUCCACCUCCUCCCACCUUACCAAAAUCAUCUCCCACAUUGUCCGCCGCCUCAAGGACUCUGAUACCGGUGUCCGGGAUGCGUGCCGCGACGCCAUUGGUACUCUGUCUUCCCUGUACUUGAAGGGUGAUGGUGGUGGGGGUGACAAUGGGGGACUUGGGUCUGUAGUUUCGCUCUUUGUGAAGCCUCUGUUUGAGGCAAUGAUUGAGCAGAACAAGGGGGUUCAAUCAGGGGCUGCAAUGUGCUUGGCUAAGAUGGUGGAAUGCGCAUCAGACCCGCCUGUAGGCGCCUUUCAGAAGCUCUGCUCGAGGGUCUGCAAAUUGCUCAACAAUCCGAAUUUCUUAGCAAAGGCUGCACUUUUGCCUGUUGUGGGGAGCUUGUCUCAGGUAGGAGCAAUUGCACCACAAAGCUUGGAAGCAGUGUUGCAAAGCAUUCAUGACUGCCUUGGGAGUCCUGAUUGGGCAACACGCAAGGCUGCAGCUGAUACAUUAAAGUACAUUGAGAUUAGACUUCUUCAGCUGAGGUUCACCAUGUCGGACGAGAUCGCACCCAUUACUCUUACUACUCUUUAUGAGAUGAUGAUGGAUUUGACACGGAGGGUUGAGAGGAUUGAGCUCAUUUUGUCAGGGCAUCCAUCGUCAUCGAGAGGAGCUCCAGGAGUAGCAAUGCCUUCAUUGCCACAUUUGACUUCAUCGAUGUUUGCUACUUUGGGUGCCUCACAUCCACGACCUCGCCCACAUUCAGUGUUCCAGCAGCAUUCCUCAUCCAUUUCGCUGGCUACGCCGACACGACCUCCGCCCCAGUUUCAGGGCCCUCCAGUUAUCACAGUUCCUCAGGAGCGAUUUCCCCCCCAUCGACGAUGUCGGAGACACUUUUCAGGUUUGGGCGCACCCCUGAGCAGAGUUUUUGAGACGUUCCAGGCCAUGGGAUUUUUGGCUCCUCUGGCUCCUAGGGCACUUCCAGAUCCUGUGCCUCCACAGUUUCGACUUGAUUUAUAUUGUAUGUACCAUCAGUCAGUAGGACAUCACACUGAUCGUUGCACUGCUCUACGACAUGCCAUACAGGACAUUGUUGAUUCUGGGACGUUUGGGCAUCCUCAGUCCGAUAUGUUUCCUAUUCCUACUUCAGCUCAGGCCAUGCAUGCAGAUACCCCUUCACCAGCAGUCCCUGAUCUUAUUGAUUUGGGCGAUUGACUCAUGAUUGGCUUACCUUGGUGUGGUGGCACUCAGAUUUUUGUUCCUUCUGUGGCCAGAGAUGUGAUGACCGGACCAGUCACUAUUUUUGUUUUGUUUUGUUUGGUCUUGUUUUACUUUUGACAUUUAGAGACUAUAACUCGAUUCUUGAGUAUUGUCUUUGUUACCCUUCUUUUGCGUGAUGUACUCAUCGGAUUAUCCCAUUGGAUGCAUUUUCCUUUAUGGACA